AUGGCCGCGGUCGCCCUGCUGCCGUGCCCGCUGUCCAGGCGGGACUUCCUCAAGGCCUCGCACUUUGCACUGGGGCCCGACCCGCGGCUGCACGUGGGCGCCAUGCAAUCCACGUCGCAUCAGGACUUCCGGGCGCCCCCGGGAGGCACCCGCGCACCGCAGUGCCAGGAGCCGCCCGGUGGGUCCCUCUUCGCCCAGGACACGCGCUCGGCGGGCACGGAGCUCGGGUCGGAGACGCACUGCGCGUACGCGCCCCCGGGGCCGUCGCCGUCCGCGCGGUCGGAGAUGCGGGAGCGCACCCUCGCCUUGCAGGCCGGCAACCUGCGCGUGCACGCGGGCCCGCGCGUCCGCACCGGCCUCUCCACCGUGCGCGCCGACUUCGGCUGGCCCGAGCCGCCGGCGCGCGCGAGCGAGCAGAUCCGCGGCGCACGGCUCAUCUUCGACCGCGACUCGGUGCCGCCUGGCGACAGAGCCAAGCUGCGCAUCCCGCCCACCACCUACCAGGCGUUUUACACCCCCCACGACCCGUGCCCGCGGUCCCGCGCGCCCUGCUGCCACCUCGGGGGUCUCAGCCCCCUCAGGUGGGACCACAGGAGACAGGAUGAUGGGACCUCCUACCAGAGACACUUCCAGGCCCUGCCGAGCCCACAGGCCUUGAUGUGUAAGAGGGCCUUCUCCAGCGUGGAACUGGGAGACUUCAAGAUUGGCUAUGGGCCCAUGUGUUCGGAGCAGAAGCAAGCCUUCAGGCCCCAGGGUCUGCCCGCAGACAGGUAUGACAAGGCCCAGGCCGCAGCCCACAUCCACUAUGUGAAUAUUCGUCCUGGAGAUGGCCUGUUCCAUGAUAGGACCACCAAAGCUGAUCAUUUCUAUGCGCGAGAGCCAGAGCCUUUUGUCCUUCACCAUGACCAGACUCCAGCAUCGCACAUCCUGGAAGGAAAUUGGUGCCCUGGUCCAGGCAGCCUCACCACCUCCAUGCAUUUCUUCCAUGGUCAGCCGCCGCCCGUGACCGAACCACCCAGCCGCCACGUGCCUUACGAGAAAUUGAAGAGUCACGUGCGCCUAGGGGACUCCUCGCUGCUCGAACAGUUCUUCCAGACCCCCAUGGGCACGGACUGUUGCCCCCAUGGGACGCCAGAGAAGCCACAGAAAGCGCCCAGUCUCCACUUACUGCGUAGCAACCUGCCACGGGGCACCGACGAAACAGAUUUUUUAACCAUGAACCAGAAGAUGCUGAAGCCUCAUAGAACAGCUCCGGCCUCCGUGACUGAGGACAUGCUACAGCGGUGCAAGUACAGCCACAUUGAGCCCCCACUGGGCAGACAGCGCUUCUUCUCAACCCAAUACGAGCAUGAGUUUCCCUCCAAGUACCAGGGCCCAGCAGUGCUGAGAUUGGUCAAUCUGCAGGACAGCCAUGUGCCUCUGGGCUCCCCUCGCCAGUGGGGCUGUGGGGCUGGUAAGGUAGACCCUCGGGCCCCCCAGGCCCCCACCUACCCAUGCCCUAGACAGCAAUAA